CCAGUCUGGGCUCCGGCCAGAGCGCUUCCAGGCGGGAUAAUUAAAAGGAGCGGGGCAAGUCGUUCUUCAGGACAGAAGCAGGCGGGCGGCCCGGGGACCUCUGGGCACCCCUACGUCCUCACACUCCCAUACACAAGUGACCCACUCACGCACACACACAAGUGACCUACUCACUCCCACUCGGUCCCUGCCGCUGGCCCUCCGCGGCCCCCCACGUCCAGAAGGAAGAAGCGGGAGCCGGGCCGCCGGCCGGAGGAGGAGGAGAAGCCGCUGCCCCUGUGCAGCCAGCCCUUUGUGCGCGCAGGGGGCUCACCCCCUUCCCAGUGUCCUGGGCCCCAUGAAGCCGGCCUGGACCUCGCCGCCGCUGGGGCUGCUGGCCCUCGUCACGCUGCUGGCCGCCAGAGUGACUGCAGGUGUUCUGAUGGAAGAUUGCUGUGCAGAUGGGCAUAGGCUGGCCACCCAGAAACGAGACUGCUCCGUACCCUACGCUUCGGAAUCCAAGGAAUGCAGGAUGGUGCAGGAGCAGUGCUGCCAGAGUCACCUGGAGGAGCUCCACUGUGCCACGGGCAUCAAUGUGGCCCAUGAGGGUGACAGCUGUGAUGCCAACCAUGACAAUUCCAGCUUCGAAGCCAAGUUUAUCAAGAAAUGCUGUCAUUGCUGCUUGCUGGGGAAGGCCGCCCAGGCCCAAGGCCAGAGCUGCGAGUACAACCUCAUGAUCGGCUACCAGUGCGGCCUGGUGUACCGGGCAUGCUGCGUCAAGGGCCAGGAGACGCCCGAGCUGGCGCCUGGGGACGUCGCGGUGCCUUCGGACACCGCUAAAAUUCCUGAGGAGGAUAUUGUGGACCAGGAAGACCCUUAUCUGCAUGACAGAUGCCGAGGAGGGGGUCCCUGCACUCAGCAGUGCCGAGACACGGGAAGCACAGUCGUUUGCUCCUGCUUUGUGGGCUAUCAGCUCUUGCCUGACGGGGUCUCCUGUGAAGAUACCAAUGAGUGCAUUACUGGAACGCACAAUUGUCGAAUUGGGGAAAUCUGCAUCAAUACAGUGGGAUCAUUUCGCUGUCAAAGAGAGAGUAGCUGUGGGACAGGCUAUGAGCUCAUGGAAGACAACACUUGCAAAGACAUUGAUGAGUGUGAUACCGGAAUUCACAACUGCCUCCCCACCUUUAUCUGUCAGAACACUCCGGGAUCUUUUCGCUGCAGACCCAAACUCCAGUGCAGGAGUGGAUUCAUCCAGGAUGCACUGGGCAACUGUAUUGACAUCAAUGAAUGUUUAAGCAUCAACGCUCCAUGUCCGAUUGGGCAGACUUGUAUCAACACCGAGGGCUCUUACACCUGCCAGAAAAACGUGCCCAACUGUGGCCGUGGCUACCACCUCAAUGAGGAAGGGACGAGAUGUGUAGAUGUGGAUGAGUGCUCUCCGCCCUCAGAACCCUGUGGAGCCGGACAUCUCUGCAUAAACACACCGGGCAGUUUCCGCUGUGACUGCAAGGCGGGUUACUAUUUUGAUGGAAUCAGCAGGACUUGUGCAGAUAUCAAUGAGUGCAGACGCUAUCCUGGGCGUCUCUGUGGCCACAAGUGUGAAAACACCCCCGGCUCCUACCACUGCAGCUGCACGGUGGGCUUCAAGCUUUCUUCUGAUGGAAGAUCAUGUGAAGACCUGAAUGAAUGCAGCAGCAGCCCCUGUAGCCAGGAGUGUGCCAAUGUGUACGGCUCCUACCAGUGUUACUGCCGCCGGGGCUACCAGCUCAGUGAUGUGGAUGGGGUCACAUGUGAAGAUAUCGAUGAGUGCGCUCUGCCCACUGGAGGACACAUCUGUUCCUACCGCUGCAUCAACGUGCCUGGCAGCUUCCAGUGCCACUGCCCAUCGACCGGCUACAGGCUGGCUGCCAACGGGCGGAGCUGUCAAGACAUCGACGAGUGUGCUGCAGGCACCCACAACUGCUCCAUCAAUGCCACUUGCUUCAACAUCCAAGGCGGUUUCCGCUGUCUCUCCUUCGACUGCCCCGAAAACUAUCGCAGAUCUGGCGACACUCGCUGCGAGCGCUUACCUUGUAAUGAGAAUCAGGAAUGCCCGAGGCUGCCCUUGAGAAUAACCCACUACCACCUCUCUUUCCCCACCACCAUCCAAGUGCCGGCUGUGAUUUUCCGCAUGGGCCCCUCGAGCGCCGUCCCUGGGGACCGCGUCUUCUUCACCAUCACCGGUGGGAACGAGGAGGGUUUUUUCACCACGCACAAAGUGGCCGCGCACAGUGGCGUGGUGGCCGUGCAGAGGCCGAUCCCCGAGCCGCGGGACCUGCUCCUCACGGUGCAGAUGGAGCUGUUCCGGCACGGCGCCGUGAACACUUUUGUGGCCAAGCUUCAUAUCUUUGUGACUGCUGAGCGCUGAGCUGGCAGGCACAGGCACCUCCCCCCACCUCUGCCCCCCCCCCCCGCGCCCUCCGCCUCUGGAUUAAUAAAGUGCCCCGUCCUCCCCCAAACCCCAUCCCCCGUGUGGCCCUUUGGCCCCGUCCUGCCCCUGGAACUCUCAUCGCCAAUCGGAAUUAGGGUGAAGGUCUACAGAACCCUCUUCACACUAGCCCUGGGACGAGGCAGGCCGAGGAUUCUGAGGAAGCCGAGGCUCAGAGAAGCUAUAGCAUCUUGCCCCAAAGGCCAUCCAGCGGCUCGCAGAGUUGGACCUGGAGUCGCGGCCUUAAGCUCUUCCCCUCUCCCCUCCAGCCUUGCCUCCUUGGAUAGGCUGGGACUCCACUGGCGCGGGUCCCCCCUGUAGGGGCGGCCUUGGGGAGAUGCCCUGUUCACCCGUAGGUGCCGGCGGAGCCAGGUUAGGGCUGAGAGGUUCGAGAUCCAGUCCAGUCCCGGACCCGUGGUCAAGUCGAGCCUUUCUAGUUGCCCAGGGUAGCCCAGAGCGUGCGCCUAUCAGGCAGAGCCUGCCGAAGGGCAGCUCAUCUCCGUGCUGGGGGUGGGGUGGGAGCCCUGGGGAGAGAGAGGGCUGGAGCUCUGGAAGCGGGGUCAAAUCCCGGCUCUGAUGCUUCCUUGCUGUGUGAUCCUGAACCAGUCGGUUCCUCACCUGUAAAAUGUGCAUCAUUCCAGCAGCUAGCUCCUUGGCUUGUUUGAGGGGCCGAGGGGAUGCUGCGUGUAAACCUUACAGAGCUACAUUACAUUAAAUAAUAAUUAAUGUCAUGUGGCUGACUUAAGGAGGUGCAGGCCCAGGUCCCACGGGGGCUUAGAUCAAGAAAACAGCAGAGGCCCAAGGGCCAAGAGGUGACCAAAGGUGGGGCUUACUAACGGAACGAUCAGAAGGGGCUCUGGGUGAAUCCUUUCUGAGCUCAGAAUCUGUUGUUCUUCCUAAUAAAAAUGACAGCGUUUUAAACCUGGGCACAGCUCCAGAGACCACCUCCUCAUUUCACUCUCAUGUUCCAUGUGAGGAGCGGGUCUAGAGAGAUAAUGGGAGACUGACUCAUUCUAGAGUUGGAAGGGACUCAUCUGGGCCAGCCCCUCAUCUUACAGACAAGGAAACUGAGGCACACAGACUAGCUUAGGGUCACACAGGCAGGGUUUGAACUCAGGUGUUGCUGACUCCAAGUCUUGCCACAGCUAGAAGUGACUUCUAGAAGCCAUUUGGUCCAACCCCCUUAUUUUAAGAUUGAGGUUCACCCCAAGUUUCACAGCCAUGGUAUUAAAUGAGAUUCAAACCCGAGUCUUCCUAACUCCUAGUCUUGCCUUUUUACCACUACAUAUACUGUCACUCAGAAAAAUAUAAAGAACGUGUGUAGAGGGGAGGCGAGGCAGGAUGGCAUACAGCAGUGGUGUCCAACUGAGAUGGAAUUGUGGCUGCUUAUCUGUAUGGAGGGAUCCCUGGGGGCUCUAUCUUGACACUUUCAAAAUGUAAUGUCUGUAUUUUGUUAUUAGGAUCAUUAGCCUUCGUUUCCUCAGCCAUUAGGUGAACUGUUGUUCCACAGCUUGUGUGAUCGAUGAUUCAUUGAAGAAAAGGUCAAUGUGGGUGCUUUGGACAGUCUGGGGUUUUGUGCUUAUUCUCUGUGGUGACUUCUGUGGUCCCAUCAAUAAACCUUUUCCUCCUCCUGAGGAUCA